AGGUCAUGUUCUUUUGUACACUUCCUCUAUAUGAUGAAUGAUUAAAAAAACGAAAUGUAGUUUAAAGACAGUCAUAUCUUUGGAAGAUGUUAUCAAAGAAAAAGGAAUCAGCUGGACUAAAUGAAGGAAUAGCUGGUAAAUAUGUCAAGAGAGACACGCCUCCAAUAUUGCGAACCUACCAUCAGCAAGUUCGACCCCCAUCUGGCCAGCGUCGAACUGGUGUUAAAACUCCAGCGUCUUAUAUUCCUCAGCAGACAGUGGCCAGCACCAGUUUCCCUUUUGUCAGCAAGCAGCUGGGCACCAGACCUAAAAGCCACAUAGGAAUAUCUAGUCAUGAAUCAGGUCAAAGCUUACCAGAGCGUCAGACGCAAUCUCCCAAAGCCCAGUCGCCAAUUCCACAACCGAAACUGUCUCAUGCUGUUUCACAGCAACUACCAAGACAGCUUUUGUCUCCCGCCGUUCAGUCCUCUGUCUCAAAUGCUGGUACUGACAUGAAAAGCCUUUCAAAUGAUAUGCAAAGACUUAAUGUGGAACAAGUAUCCAAUAAUAAUGAUCAGGGUUGGCUGACGGUGCAUAGUGGUGUUUCAGUGCCUCAAAAUAAUGGUUUUAGUAAACCGGGUGUUGUGAAGUCUGGUUCCUCCCCAGCCUUGAUUCAGCAUCUAAGUCCACAGGGAACGAGUGCUAAUAAUUUGGUUACAAAUACCAGUAACCAGCAUGAGUCAAUUAAUGAUGGUUCCUAUCAUACACAAUCACAGAAUGCAAGUGAGAUGCAACAAGGAACAUAUGGGAACCAGGAAGUAGAGCGUCCUGAUGAGGGUGGUGGACAAUUUGACAGUGUUGUGUACAUGAGUGGGGAGGCCGGGCAGGUGUAUGACGAUUUCGAGAUUCAGCAGUACCACCAGGACAUACGCAACCACUAUGCUUCACAGAACCAGGCCCAGCAGGGCUCCAGCAUGGCUGGUGUUGGUGCAGGCUCCCAGGGUGGUCAGGAGGGCGGGACACCCAGUCAACACCUUACCCUGGCACAUCAGACAUCCUUGGGUAGUUCCGGGUAUGCCAGUAACGAACACCUCCCGCUGCCCCAGGGCUGGUCAGUUGACUGGACGGUGCGAGGACGAAAGUACUACAUUGACCACAUAACACAGACCACCCAUUGGAGCCACCCACUAGAGAAGGAGAGUUUGCCCACCGGCUGGCACCGCAUUGAGUCCAAGGAACUGGGGGUCUACUAUGUCAAUCAUUACACCAGGCAGGCACAGUACCAGCACCCAUGUGCCAACCUGAUGCAGUACCAGUUUGGUAACCAUGGCAAUCCUCUACCCAUCACGGCUACCCAGCAGCCCCAGUCUCGUGGAAAUCUAGUCCCAGCCAACCCCUACCUUAACACUGAGAUCCCUGAAUGGCUGCGUGUGUAUGUGAAGGCUCCCCCUGAACAUGACCACAAACUCAAGUGGGAUCUAUUCCAGCUGAAUCAAAUGGAGACGUUUUAUGCCAUGUUGAAUCGGCUUUACAAGCAAGAACUUGAAAAAAUUGUCAUGAGCUAUGAGGGGUAUCGGGCUGCCUUGAAUCAAGAAAAAGCACGCCGCCAGCAAGAAAUGCGCAUGGAGCAAAACAAGGUUGCUAAAUCUGAAGGCGAUGAUUCAAGGAAAACGCCAGAUACAGUUGCAUUGCAGACGAAAGUUUUAAGGUCAAAUUCUGGUGCAGCCAAAGGUCAGGCAGGUCAGUCCCAAGGCAAAGGUCAAGGUGACAAUGACUCUGGUUUGUUUGACUCUGACCAAGGGACUAUGUAUGAGAAUGAUACGAUUCUGAAGCAACAUUUAAAGCAACAAGAAAUGCAGCAAAAACUGAAACUGUUUCAAGAGCAGCAAAUGAUGCUGCAUCAACAGCAGUUGCUGCAAAAACAGCAGCAGCAACAACAGCAGCAGCAGCAACAACAACAACAGCAGCUACAGGCUUCAGCAUCUAGCCAAAUGUCAAGUUCAGAUCAGUUGCAUUAUUUGCUGAUGAAGCGGCAACAAGAGCAGUAUCGACAGCAGCAAGCUGCUUUUCAGCAACAGCAGCUCCUGAAGCAGCAACAGUACCAACAGAUGCUGUGGUAUCAGCAGCAACAGCAGCAGCCCCAGUCACUAAGUCACACACAGUACAUGGUGCCUCACCAGGGUGCCCUGAUGUCUCACAUGCAGCAACAUGGGGCUCAGUCUCAGCAAAUGGCUUCCCACCUUGCUAAUACUCAGUCGGUCUCCCAGCAACAGCCCAUGUUUAGUUCUAUGCAAUACGGUAUGCCCCACCUCUCACAGCUUCAAGGUCAAGGCCACAUGUCCCAGAUACAGGGUCAAGGUCACAUGCCCCAGCUGCAAGGUCAGUCUAUGAAUCUGCAGUACCAAGGUCAGCAACACUUUCAAGGUCAGCAGCAGUUAGUCAGUCAAGGUCAUCUGUCUCAUGCCCAAGGUCAAGGUCAUUUGUUGCCAGGGCAACCUCAGCUGGUCACAUCCCAACAGGUCCAGCAUAAUCCUCAGCAACAGCUGACGGCUGAACAACAAAGGCUUAUUGCACAAAAUAUAGAGACAAACGUUUAGGAAGUUUGGAAUAAGAAGUGAUAUAUUUAUUGAUUCUACAAUAUUAUGUGGCAUGUAAUUGUUCUAGCUUGCUUACAUUUGUGUUGUUGGUUUGUUAUUUGUGUCAUAUUGAAAGCCGUGCAGUAUUGAAAAUUGUUGAUUUUUCUGGACACAAAUAUUUUACACAAAAGAUGAAUACAGAUUGUUUCUUUUUUUGAUCUUCAAAGAGAACUUUUCACAGAUUGGUGAAUUGACCAUUUCUACCUUUUUAUGUCCCCCACUAUAGUAGUGGGGGACAUAUUGUUUUUGCCCUGUCUGUCUGUCUGUUGGUCUGUUGGUCUGUUGGUCUGUUUGCGCCAACUUUAACAUUUUGCAAUAACUUUUGCUAUAUUGAAGAUAGCAACUUGAUAAAUGGCAUGCAUGUGCAUCUCAUGGAGCUGCACAUUUUGAGUGGUGAAAGGUCAAGGUCAUCCUUCAAGGUCAGAGGUCAAAUAUAUGUGGCCCAAAUCGCUUAUUUUAUGAAUACUUUUGCAAUAUUGAAGAUAGCAACUUGAUAUUUGGCAUGCAUGUGUAUCUCAUGGAGCUGCACAUUUUGAGUGGUGAAAGGUCAAGGUCAUCCUUCACAAGGUCAAGGUCAUCCUUCAAAGUCAAACGUCAUAUAGGGGGACAUUGUGUUUCACAAACGCAUCUUGUUGUAAUUGGCUCAGGUUUAUAGUCCUAUAAGGAAAUUUAAUGCAUGUGUAUUUAAUAAUAAAGAUAAGUUAUUGCAAAUAAAUAAUAUUAUAGAUUUUUAAAGCUUAUUUAACAUCUUAAGGGAAAUCAUGUUGAAUUUAUAUAUAUAUGUUUUUUUAUACAUUAUACACACACGGUUAUGUUCAUAAAUGGGAGUACCAAAACCAACUGCGUAAGUGUACUUAGAAAAUAAAUGGCACUUGAUAUAAGUUAUGAUGUAUUAAAUUUAAAAAAAAGUGAAAAUGUUGUAUCAAUCUACAAAGCAGAAUAACUAACAAAUGAUACAUGUUGUAGACAGAGCUUUGGCCAACUUUUCGUAUUCCUUAUUCUGAUUUUCAAAAGCCAUGGUGAUAACAAAUACUUAUACAUUUUGCAGUCAAAUAUUAAUAUGGAAAGAACUAAACAAAGAGAACCAAUUGUAUAAUACUCUUCGUGCCUAAUAUACUUAUUGUAACCUACGUACGUUUGUUACAUGCUAAUAUAUAUGUCCUAAUUGUUAAAAGAAAUUACCUAAUUUAGGCUCUUUCUGUUGACAAAAUCUCUUUAAAGUAAGAUGAGUUGCGAUUUGAAGUAGUCAAUAUUUUUGUGACACAGCAUGAAAAAAACUUGCCAUGCUAUAUAAUAUACCAAAAUCAGAUUUGGUUUACAGUUUUUAGCUCAUCUGUCACAAAGUGACAUGGUGAGCUUAUUUGACCGUGUGAUGUCCGGCGUGUGUGCAUGCGUGUGUGCGUGCGUCUGUCAACAAUAUGUUAGUGUAGCCAGUAGAGGUCACAGUUUUCAUCCAAUCUUUAUGAAAUUUGGUCAGAAUGCUCAUCUUGAUGAAAUCUGGGUUGGGAUUGUAUUUGGGUCAUCUGGGGUCAAAAACUAGGUCACUGGGUCAAAAACUAGAUCACAUAAUAGGUCAAAUAAUAGAAAAACCUUGUGUAGACAAUAGAGGUCGAGGUUUUCAUUCAAUCUUUAUGAAAUUAAGUCAGAAUGUUUAUCUUGAUGAAAUAUGGGUUGUAUUUGGGUCAUCUGGGGUAAAAAACUAUGUCACAAGGUCAAAAACUAGGUCAAAUAAAAGAAAAACCUUGUGUAGACAGUAGAGGUCACAGUUUUCAUCCAAUCUUUAUGAAAUUUGGUCAGAAUGUUUAUCUUGAUGAAAUCUGGGUUGGGAUUGUAUUUGGGUCAUCUCGAGUGAAAAACUAGGUCACUAGGUAAAAAACUAGGUCAAAUAAUAGAAAAACCUUGUGUAGACAGUAGAGGUCACAGUUUUCAUCCAAUCUUUAUGAAAUUUGGUCAGAAUGUUUAUUUUCAUAAAAUCUGGGUUGGGAUUGUAUUUGGAUGAUCUGGGGUCAAAAACUAGGUCACUAGGUAAAAAACUAGGUCACUAGGUAAAAAACUAGGUCACUAGGUCAAAUAAUAGAAAAACCUUGUCACAGUUUUCAUCCAAUCUUUAUGGAAUUUGGUCAGAAUGUUUAUCUUGAUGAAAUCUGGGUUGGGUUUGUAUUUGGGUCAUCUGGGGUCAAAAACUAGGUCACUAGGGAAUAUAAUAGAAAAACCUUGUGUAGACAAUAGAGGUCACAGUUUUCAUCCAAUUUUUAUAAAAUUUGAUCAGAAUGUUUAUCUUGAUCAAAUAUGGGUUGGGAUUGUAUUUGGGUCACCUGGGGUCAAAAACUAGGUCACUAGGUAAAAUAAUAGAAAAACCUUGUGUAGACAAUAGAGGUCACAGUUUUCAUCUAAUCUUUAUGAAAGUAGGUCAGAAUGUUUAUCUUGAUGAAAUCUGGGUUGGGAUUGUAUUUGGUAAGUCAGGUGAGCGAUUCAGGGCCAUCAUGGCCCUCUUGUUGUUGUUGUAUUUUGUAUGAGAUCUCAUAUUAUGUUGGCAUUUGUAUAUAUCUGCAAUUUGUGUUUUAACAAAGACAGUUUACUGUGGUUGUUUUUAUGUCCCCGAAGGUGGGCAUAUAGUGGUCGCACUGUCCGUCCCUCCGUCUUUCUGUCCGUCACAUUUUGCGUUUUGGUUUCAAGAAAUGCUCAUAACUUCUAUGGUGCUUCAGAUGUAACCUUCAUAUUUGGUAUGCAUGUGUAUAUGGACAAGGCCUUUCCAUACGCACACACAUUUUGGCCCCUUUGACCUUGAACUUGGGGACUGUGUUUAGGUUUUGAAAUCUGCGUUUAGGUUUAAAAUAAUAACCUCUCAUACCUCCUUUGUCGCUUCAUAUGUAACAUUCAUAUUUAGUAUGUAUGUGUAUAUAGACAAGGCCUUUCCAUACACACUGUGUUUAGGUUUCGAAAAAUGCGUUUAGGUUUCGAAAAAUGCUCAUAACUUUUAUCAAAGCGUUUAUCGGGGGCAUAUGUCAUCCAAUGGAGACAGCUCUUGUUUUAACAUUUUUGUUGUUGUAAAACCUGCAAAACAUUCGAGCAGAAACAGAACAAAAUAUCAGAUGUUUCACUACCAAUGUAUAAUACUAGUAAAAGAAGUAAAUCUGAUGUGCAUUAAUAAAAUAAAAUUGUUUAUGGUUUAUUUGCAACGGAAGCUAACGAAAAUUAUAUCUUGAUUAAAUUACUUAUGUCAUAGUGCUGUUAAGUUUAUAAGAGCGUAGCAAAGGCAUCAUUUGUUGUUAUACAAUCUAAUUAAUUAAUGAUAGUUAGUGGGAAAGAUAAGAAUUUGUUAAUGAUACUCUUUUGUUUAGAAACCAUGUUUGUUAUGAAUGUGUAUGCAUAAUAGCACAAAAUGCAAUAUCAUAGGAGGAAGACUGUGAUGAUAUUAACAUUUGUGCUGGGGUAUGUGUUAUAGGAGCUGUCUAAAUGUUUAUGGCAUUUUUUGCACAAUUAGUGUAAAGUUUUUAGCUUCAGUAGUUGUCCAUUAAGUUUAUGCAGACAAUACCUAGACAAUACCUGUAGAGGCGUUUGUUUAAUUCAAUAAAACUUAAAUGAAGUGUAAGAAGGCAUGACAAGAAUGUUCAUUGUUGCAUUCCUAUGUAAAUACAGGUAUUUCCCUAACUUAUGAAAUCUGGUCUCAGUUGCCUGGCCUCGGAUUUUGGAUGUUUUUUUUUCAAUAAGUCAUACUAUUUAGUAGAUUUGACAGUUUUACAUGACAGGCACAUUACAAUUUGUAAAGCAGCAGUUUGCUAAUGGCAGCCAAGAGAUAGCUUAUGAUAAUCAAGAAGCAUUAAAUACGGCUGAUUAUACAUUUUGGCUAUUUCUGUUCAAUGGGUAAUAUAAAUUAAAACAGUAUCAUAUUAAUAUGCAUUCAAAUUUUCGUUCAUCAAGCAUCUGAUUCCCAUAGAUUUUAGAUUUUCCUCUUGCUUUUUAAUAACUGCAGUUACAUUGAUGUUGAGAUUCUGCCAUGACAAUAUUUAGCUCUCCAAUAACAACAUCAGAUAUGGGUGUUUUAAGGACAAAUUGGCCUCAUUAAUUGAUGGCUAGCCUUGUCAUGUUCUCGUGUUCCUAUGUAUUUACCUAUAUGCCCUUGUGAGAUGUGUUCAGAUGUUAUGAAGUGUUGUUGUCCCCUACCAGUCUCACGGGAGGGGACUUAUGGUUAGCACUCUGUCCGUCCGUCAGUCCAUCAUCAAUCACAUUUUUCUGGAUUCUGCGAUAACUUUAAAAGUUCUUAAUAUUUCUUUAUGAAACUUAGAUAGAUGGCAAUAAGGACAUUAUGAAUGUCAUUUUAUUUUGUUCCCAUGUCAAAAAUUCUGGUUGCUAUGGCAACCAAAAAAAAUAUUCCGACAAUGGUGGAAUUUCUUACAAUGUUGGAGCCGGUAGGGGACCAUAUUGCUUGACAAUAGCCUUGUUUUCCAUGUAACUGUUUGAUUUCUUAGUGUAGAAUGAGGUGUUUUUUUUAAAUAGCUUUAUUUCCCUGUCAGUUAAAUGUUGUUUGAAAUCACAAAUGUGCUUUGUUUCAUUAUCUGUUGAAAUUGUUCUGCCAAUUACAAGAUAUAUAUUGAUAUAUAUUGAUAAUCAUAAGAUCAAUUAAAUAUAUUCUUGUGUUUGCUUUUUUAAAAUGUUCAAUCCUUUGCUUUCAUGACCUUUUUUAAUAGAGUUUGUGUAUUACAAGAGGACUUUGUCUCCAAAGAACAUAGAGCAGUUGACCACUUUAUAUUUACUUGUGUUUAGUAAUUGGUGUUUAACCUACUACUCUCUGUAUACACAAACACACUCUCAAAUUCUUGAGUAUUGGUCCUUUUAAUACAUUCAGAAAACUCUUUAAGUUUGAAUCAUUAGCAAAAGAUCAUGUAGACAGAUUUUUCUCAGAGUUUUGUGUUCCUUGGGCCCGUAUUCACUAGCCCAUUCUGUGGAAUAAUGAAUUUAUUAUUGCCAUGAUAAACUAUUUUUGUUAACAGCCUAGAAGAUUUGUGAAAAAUUGUAAGUACCGGUAAUUUUCACUUGAUUCCAAGUUGCUUUCAAAUUAGUGUUCUUGUUGGUUCACAGGCUUUCAAGCUUGGUUAGAGGCAUAGGUUGAAUACACAACUUUAGGCAUGUGAGUUUGGUUUGUUGUCGUCGUGCUGGGUUUUCUUUUGAAUUCUAGCUCACACUUAUAAAGAAGACGAUUCAAAAUUGUCUGUUUUAGUCAAAAUAAAACCAAUACAUUUUAUGUUCAAUUCAAAAUUAACCCAUUUAUGCCUAGUGUCUAGAAAAAAGUACUUGGCAAACAGCGUAGACCCAGAUGAGACGCUGCAUGAUGCAGAGUCUCAUCUGGGUCUGCUCUUUUUGCUUAAAUGAAUUUCUGUUAGAAAUAUUCUUAAUAUAGAAAUAAAUAUACAAGACAUCCCUAAUGUUUUAAUAAAUUGAUCCAAUUUAGAAGGAUGGGAGAGUCCACUAGGCAUGAAUGGGUUAAACCUAUAUUUUUGUGAUUCUGUUAAGCUAGUUAUGUUCAGGUGCAGGGACACUCUGAGUCAUUAAAUUUGCAGCCUUAGGUGCAAACAGAACUCAUAAACUUCAAUAUACACAUACUUAAUUCCAAGUGUAUUCUUUAUUCUAAAAGUAUAAGAAUGUGUUGUGAAUACGGACUCUAAUUGUACAUGUGCCAUUCACAAGUAUCUCAUGUUGUACUAAUAUUGCUGUAUUUUUUACCAGCCUUGCAUUGUAUCAACUGGUUUAAGUAGUGGGAUUUAAUUUAUGUUUACUUUCUUUUCAAUUAACAUAAUACUGUAUGAUGAGUAUUUAUGAUUUGUUAUUUAUUUCAAAACACAUGAGAAUAUUAGAUCAUUCUAGUUCAGGCCUAGUGUUUAAAUUACUUAUUCAGUUUUUUUUGCUUUUAUGGAAAUAAAAGUGAAUUUUUAAAAGGGCUGGAUAUUCUAACUAUGUAGAAUUGCAUGUUGCAGAUUCCCUUAACCACUAAGGUACUUAUUUUGAUGUAUUUGAAGUUACUUAGAAAGUUCAAUUUAAUUAAAGACUUUUUAAUAUAUUCAAGUUUUAAAGGCUUCAUUUUCAACCCUUAGAUACUGAUGAGCAGCAAACAGCAUAAAACCUGAACAGACUGCAAAUUACUUGCAGGCAGUUCUUGUUGUAAGCUGGUUGCAAAAGCCUUUUUCGCUUUGCAUCUGAUGGGGAAAGGGUUAAAUGCUUUUUGUAGAAUUAUGCUGAGCUUUGUAUACUCUUUGUUGCUGAAACAAAUGCAGAAUAAAUUAGGCAACUGGAAGUAUAAGAACAGUUUGGACAGGCUAGUCUAAAAGAAAGUAUGAGCAAAUUUAAACAUUUUUUAGAAUGGAAUAUACUACACAUCGAUGUUUAUAUAUUUUUAGGAAUCUUGCUUUUAGGAAAGUUGAUUUUUAAAAUAUUUUGUAUGUAAGAUUCAUACAGAUAAUCAGGUACUGUAUUUAUUCUUUCUUCAACAAUCAGGAUAUAACUUUGAGAAGACUAGAUGAAGAUCUAAAAUUAAAUCUUUAUUGAAACAUAUAACAUCUUUCACAUUGUUUUGUGCUCAGAAGUCAUUUCUUCCUCACUUAAGUGUUUUUUCUCUACCACAUCAUUAUUUUGACAUGUCAUGUAUGGACAGCAUUCAUAGUACAAGAUAAUGGUUAGCAAAGAA